GGUAGACAAAAGUUCGCAGCGUUUCCUAUAAACAGUAGAAUAGAUCUUUUAUCGCGUUAAGUUCCUUCUCGAGUAUAUAUCAUAAUUACGCUACACUUGAACAUGGGUUAGGUCUGUCCGUUUUUCAAUAGGCUUUUCAUCACUGGCAUUCCUUUCAGUGUCCAAUCUUGUUGUCCCACACGACGCUCAUCAUUUAGGUCCAUUGUCAAUAAAGAAUAUAUACAUUGUUCGCUUGUAUUGUCCACCCGGUUCGCCACCCCACGCUCUUUGAGCAUACGAUCACAGAGAAAGCGAACCGCCCGGCCCCACGGCUUGGUGUUGCCUAGUAACCCAGAGUGAUAUGACACGCACCACUGGUACCGAGACAGUGUCCCGCUCCAUAAUACCACACGGGGUGUCAGCAUGUUGUGAAUAAAAAUGAGCUGGUACCAGUUCUGUGCUCAAUCGUUCUAAAACCAUGGAGAAUCCUUUCCAAGGCUGACAAAUCCUGAACUCAGCACAGGAUUUUCUGGACACUUUCUGGGUCGAGGCACGAAGUAGGAAUCUACCAUGGCAUCAACUCAAACGAUGUUCAUGAACUGGAAGGUUCCUUCUCGCCUCUACAACCAAGAUCCAACUACUACUGCACUGGCUGGUACACCUCCAGACAAGACAGGCUAUAGUAAAUUCACAGAUCACAGAAAAGUGUCCAAGCUUGCAGGUCAGAUCCCGCCGUCGUACCUGACACGGAAGACCCAUGACCCCACGACGACGACCCACUUUCCCCCGAAACAAGGGAUGCUUCGUCAGAUGAGAGAGAAGGAGAUGGAAGAACAGAUCAUGAGGGAGAAAUACGCAAUGGAGAAACAGAAACCAAAGGAACCCUCAUCUAGAAUCACACGCUUCCCUGCAAUGCCAAUGCUAUCGGCAAAACUCAAUGUGAAACAAACAAGUGAUCGGCCACGCGAUGCUGGGGUAAUGCCCGUCCCUAACAACGCUGUGACCAUGUCUGGGAGGAUUAGGAGUGAUAUCACACAGGAGGAUAAGAAUUACAUCACCAAGGCUAACAAAGCACCCAGUCAAACCGAAACAUCCAAGGUGGUCAACAAGUGGCUUGAAUCCGCAAGUGACAAAGAGCGUGAUUUGGCAUUCCAGUUUUUUGGCUCUCUUGCUGGCAAGAAGCUCAUGGGCGGCGACCAGGCAUCACCAGAGGGAAGAUCUAAGAAGAGCGCCCCCUGCAACGUUUGUGAUACAACGAGGCUCAAGGAUGUUCUGGGUGUCCUGAAAACGACCGGAGGGCCUAUCUCCAGCAGUGACAAAGACCUCCGGCCCGGUGAAUCCAACAGGCGCCGCCUUCGUCUCCUGUCCCCGUUCACACGGCGACACAAGGAUGAAAUGCAGUCGUGGCACCAUCUACCGACAUUCCGUCACCGCGGCCCCGUGUCCAACACCAUUGGACUGUUCACCCAGCCGCAUAAACCCGUGCAACGCCACUUCACCAUACACCCUGAAUGGGAUUAGAUCAUCUCUCAUUUCAAAAUCUUUGUUAAUCUGUGUCUAGCGUAAACAUCUCAAUCUUUUAGCAAGCCUUUCAAGAGAAAUAAGUUUGAAACUUUUGAAAGCUAUUUUUGUUUAUGCAAUUAGGAAAUAUGAUUAUUGUGUGAUAAUGCAUUUCUACCAUCGAGAUAAUUUUAUGUAUGACCAACAGAAAUUUUGUACAUAUUUUGAAAGCAAGCAUUAGACUAAAUUACAGCAUAAAUAACUUUUGAUAUUUUCUACUUUCACUUAAAAUAAAUGUUUCCAAAAUAUCUAAAGAUAACUAUGUCACGUUUAAUGUGAUUUUGAAAUGAGUCAUUUCUUUAUUAAGAGGAAUUCCACCCGAUACCACGUUGGUUUUAUGAUAAAGCAGAAACAUGAGAGAGAUAUCAAUGAACAAGAAAAAAAGUUUGAUGAAAUCAAUGAUAAAGCAGAAACAUGAGAGAGAGAUAUCGAUGUACAAGAAAAAAAGGUUUGAUGAAAUCAAUCAAAAGUUUGCAAGGUUAUGUUAAAGUUGUAUAUUUGGGGCAGUCAGUUACUCUUGAACAUAUGUUGUGAACUACAAAAAACAGCAAUUUAUGCAAAUUAAUGAUGUAUAUCAUAUCAAAGCGCAGCUCAUGAGUCAAUUUUAAAAAUCCAUAACUUUUUCUUUUGAUAUCUUUCUCUUGUUUUUCUGUAUUAUUACAAAGCAGCUUGGCAGGUGGACUUCUUUAAAUGGUGGUUUUUAAUUCUACAACUUUUACUUGUUUUAUAAUAUAAGAUGUCACUGGCAUUGCCAGUGCUUAUUUUGAAUAUAUUCCAUCCAUUGGGAAAUUGCAGUUGGUAACAUAUGUAUAUGAUUCCUGACGUGUGACUUACAUACUAUAUGUGGGUAUAAUGUGACUAAAUUUUAGUACUUAACUUUCACAUUGAUGGGGGAAACUAAUAAUGUAAAGUAAUUACAAAUGUGUUGACAUCGUAGAGUACUGUAUAUAAAACAUAAUAAAUUAUACAUGGAUACUUAUGAUCUCAAUUUCAAUUAUCUUUUUCAUUUUUGGUUGAUCCAAAGAUUCUUCUCUUGGAGUGUGUCUUCUUUUUUCUUUCUGAAAUAUUUUAAUCUUCCGCAUUUGUUUUAUUCUGUAAAGUAUUACUUACAUGUAUGUAUGCCAUUUACUGUUUUAAUCUUCUUUUUAAACAUCCAGUCAAAUGCGAUAUAGCAAGCCACUGGGAAGUUCAAAAUCGACAAAUAUUUUCUGUGAACGACAGAUCAAUAUUACAUUGCACAUCACUUAAUUUAAUUUUAAAUUUAAAAUGAGCACAUUUGGGGUUAAAUUAUAAAUCUUCAUGCAUUUCAUGUGUACCAAACCCCCAUUGAAAAUUCCAGGUCAGUAGACACUGCAAUUAGGGAAAGAUGAACAUAAAUAAAAAAUAAAAACAAUACAGACACUGGAUU